AUGGACCCUGACCCAUGUUUAGACUUCGACUGGGAUGCGUUUCUAAAGCAGGAUUUCAAUUCAACGUUUUCGGUUGAGCAUGAAACUGACGGCAGCAAAUGCGGCUUUGUGGGCAUUCAGGAAAUGCUUGAAAGUGACGCAUUUGCGUUGACGGGACACUUUCCAGGCUUUCACCUGCUGGAACCCUUGUCGGAAAAUGCCAAUAAUGUGCACGAGCCACCUGCUCCUGAGACAACAGCCGCCCUAAGCGAUCCAUCGAUUGAUACCCCAGACCAACACCCAUCGGCUUCGAAUCAGUGGUUGGGCACGUCCUCUGCUAGUGAAGUUCCGGCUUCUCAGAAUGUGAACCCCAACUCGCCCAACGAGAAAGACGCCGCAACCUUGCAGAGAGACGAUCCAGCGGCGUCUGGACAGUUCUCCCAUUGGUGUAAGGAUAUUGUUGCUCAGCUCACUGAACUACGGAACGAGGUGAUGAUCCGCAAUGCGUAA